GGUCCUUCAGCGCUUCUGCAUUGUUAAGACGAAACUCGCGGAGCUGCUGGAGUUGCCGGGGAGCGUCUGUUGUACUUACAGAAAAUAACAUCUAAAACACUGAAAUCCAACUGUAUUAUACAAAUAUAUCUUUCAAAAUAUUGAAAGUAAAGGUAAGACGCUACCAUCAUAAGGAUUGUCAGUGUUCUGCAUCCAUGAAAGCGAUGACCAGCUGAAGCUAGCGGCUAACGCUCGCAGUCCGCUAACUUAGAGAAUCCACUAGCACGCGAUUAAAAUGCCAUCAGUGACCACUGGCGUCAAUGCUGUUCACUCCUCCAGUCCGGAUUUGGCCUCUGCGCCAUCUGAAGCCCUCAAGCAAGUACUUGGUGUAAUUGACAAGAAGGUUCGCAACAUGGACAAGAAAAAGAGCAAGCUGGAUGAUUACCAGACAAGGAAGGACAAAGGAGAACGUCUCAACCAGGAUCAGCUGGAGGCUUUAUCUAAAGCUCCGGAGGUGGCUCACAACUUGGACUUUGCCCGUGAGUUGCAGAAGAGCUUCCUGGCUUUAAAUGUGGAGGUUCAGAAAACAGUGAAAAAGGCGGCAAGACGGGAGCAGAUGAAGAGGGAGGAGGUGGAGCGCAAGCGACUGAAAGCAGUACUGGAGGUGCAGUACCUGCUGGAGCAGUUGGGGGAGGAAAGCGUGAGGCAGGACCUGACUCAGUCCAGUGGGGACGCCCCCGUACUCACGGAGUCGGAGCUAACGGGCCUAGACGAGUUCUACAAGCUAAUUGGGCCCGAGCGAGACUCUAGCGUAAGGUUGGCCGAGCAGUUUGAGGAAGCAUCCGUGCAUUUGUGGGAGCUUUUGGAAGGAAGAGAUAAAGCUGUGGCUGGAACCACAUACAAAGCCCUUAAGGAAAGCUUAGACAAGAUGCUGCUAAGUGGAUACUUUGAUCGUGCUCAAACACAUCAGAAUGGAGUGUGUGAAGAGGAGAUUGGGGCAGCAGCAGCAGCAGCAGCAGAGUCUUCAGAGAGCGAGGAACGCCCCACUGAGCCAGAGGGAACCACUCAAGAAUACACAGAAACUAUUGAGGUUGAAGCAACAGAGUUUGUAAACAGACAGUUCAUUCCAGAAGCUUCUUACAGCAGCAGUGACAAAGAACAAGGAGCAGAGUGGAACACAAGUUCUCAGGCAGUUACUGCCCUCCAGCAACCACAGCAGCCACCUGCAACCAUGAGCCCGGCUCUGGUCAGCUCAGAGCCACACACACUGAACGCCGUCCUCCCUCCCCCUGCAACAGAUCCCGUGGUCCGAAAGCAGGCAGUCCAAGAUCUCAUGGCUCAAAUGCAGGGUACCUUUAACUUCAUGCAGGACUCCAUGCUGGAGUUUGAAGGACCGCCUCUAGAUCCUGCUAUUGUGUCGGCCCAGCCCAUGAAACCUGCGCAGAUGGUCUGUCCACCAGAAUCUCGACUACCCCAACACAGUGCUCUUUCUGUGCAGCCUGAACCCACACAAGUCCCCAUGGUCUCGGCUCCAAAAGAGGCCUACUCCUCCACACCCCCUCUCUAUCAACCCCCUCAUAGCUCUGAACCGCGGCCACAGACGGACUCCAUUGACCCGCUGCAGGUCUCCAUGCCCCUGUCUUCUGAGCAGACCCCCACCCCUUCCUCUCAGCCCCAGGUGUUUCAGCCUGUCUCCAAACCCCUUCACAGUGGCAUCAACGUUAACGCAGCUCCAUUCCAGUCCAUGCAAGCGGUAUUCAAUAUGAACGCUCCAGUUCCUCCAACCAGUGAGAUGGAUUCUCAGAAGAUUUCCAGCCAGUAUCAGAGUAGCUACGGUCAAGGCUUCAGCGCACAAGGCACCCUUCCAGCUGAGCAGCAGGAAAUGCCUCAAGAAGCCCUUCAGUCAGUUGGCGCUUUCCAUUCUCAAGACCAAGGUAUUCCGUCAGCAGGGGGACACCAGACUGCAUCUCAGCAGCCCUCGGGGCAGGGCACAGGGUUUGGGCGGCCGGGACAGUCCUUUUACAGCAACAGAGCAAUGCCACGAGCUGGACCCAGAAAUCCCAGAGGGGCUUUGAACGGUUACCGUGGACCAUCAAAUGGAUUUAGAGGCGGAUACGAUGGGUAUCGCGCUCCAUUCCCCAACACUCCAAACACCGGAUACGGUCAAACUCAGUUCAACACUCCACGAGAUUAUUCCAACAACACCUACCAACGGGAUGGAUAUCAGCAAAGCUUCAAGCGAGGAACCACCCAGGGACCUCGAGGUUGCUCUCGAGGACGAGGGGGAUCGUAUCGGUCCAGCAGAGGAAUGGGUCCCAUGGCUGCCCAACAGACCAGCUAAACCCAGUCCUUUAGCCAUUAUCAGCCCUGUUCCACCCUUUUAUCUUCUCCAUCCGUUUGGACUCUCAAACACGAGCCGUGCAACUCCAGACCAUGUAGUUAGAUGACCGCAUCUUAGCAAGUAAGGACACAACCAAUGGUUUUGGGAAAAAUACAGUAUCAAUGAGACUAUAGCACUCCCAGCACUGUAAUUGCUCAGAGCUCUCAAAGCUUUCUCUCAAUCAUAUGCUAUCGCACAGCCUUUACCCAUUUGAGACAGAACACGUGCCUUUGAUUAUGGGUGUCUGGAUUUUAAUUGAGCUUGGUGGAAUGACGACUUAGUAGCUGGCAACAGCCGCUAGAUUAUGAAUGUGAAGUACACCGUAUACCAAAGGCACUUAGUUUUUGGCCAAACGAACUGUUAAGUGAAUGUGAAAAAUUUACUUGUACGUACUGUAUUGUAACGUGAUUUUUUUUUUUUUGGCUCAGCCAAAUGGUUUACAGGAAAUGCAUUGUACUGUAUGUGGCUGAAUGACUGCUUCAUUGUAUUUCUUCCAAUCAAUGUUGAUUAGAAUUGAUGCUAACUAAUAAAUGAUUUUUGAAGGACAAGACACUUUAAAAGUUAUUUAUACCCAUAAGAGCGAUAAUAUGAAAUGAGCAGAAAGAAUUUUCUUUGAAGUCAUAUUACACUUUUAUGAGCUUGAUUGAUAUCAUGAUCAAAAAUUAUUUUUGACGGGUUAAAUAUGUAACAGGAAACCUGCGAAGCGAGUUUUCAGAACAAGUCACGCUCAGGAGACAAGUUUCAAUAAUAUGGGCAGACGUUGUAAGCAGUUAAGUGUGUUGAAUAGCAUUAUUUCCAUUUUUUGGUGUAAAGUUAUAUACAAUUUUACAACUUUUAAAAAAAAUUAACACCAUUAUAGUACAAUACCAUAAAUAAUAACAAUGUAAAAAUGCUCAUUUAAACAAUUCAACUUUAUACUAAUUGAUUCAACUAAAUAUACUAAUUGAACAGAAAUAAUGUAAACGGAUUUGUAAAAAUACAUACUGGUAAAUGCUUCACAUUUGUGUUUUUAAAUUCUCCAGAAAUUGCAUAUUCCCUUUCCUCACCAGGCUUAAUUUGUCCUGAUCUUGCACUAUUUAUUUACCAUAAGUAAUUGCAUGUCAUGUUAGCUGUUCACAAAAGAAAAUGUUUUCAAAUAGAUUUUUUUUUUAUUGACCUUACUCUCAAAGUUCCCACUGUAAGCAACAUUUAAACUCCAGAGUAGCCCUAAUCAAUUAAAAACUUCCAGUACAAUUCAACAAUAUUCUGAUAC